GCCCAACUACCCCGCUAAAGUGGGCUAAAUGCCGCCCUAGAACGGCCCUGCCACCACGCCGCAGACAGGCCGCCCAGUUGCUGUUGCUGUGCAGCAUUAUUUUGCAUGUGUUUCCACGCUGGUAAACAUCCCACCCACUCAGCCGUCUUUUAACUUUUGUUGACUUUAGACUUUCUACGCCCUCUUCCAUAUCUUGGACUUGUCGCGCCAUUCAACCAUAUCGAGAAUCCACAACGAGAGGCCGUCCGACAUUCUGUAUCUGCCAGUCUUCAUCAGAGUUCACCAGUAUCUCACAGACAGCUUGCGCUUUGGGUUCUCAUCAUGAGUAACUUCUUGACGACAGUUAACCAACGGACGAGGAAUCAGUUCAGGCCUCGCGCUGGCGGCAAAGGCGGUGCCACCAGCUACCAACUUCGACAAUAUGCCGAGGCGACCCUUGGCGGGGGGAGUCUUCGCAAGGUAGUGAAGCUUCCUGAGGGCGAGGAUGAGAAUGAGUGGUUGGCCGUCAACAGUAUGCCCUCUCAUUCCUAAAACUACCACCGAAAAUGAUAGGCCAACUGACUCGUGAUGGAUAGUGGUCGAUUUCUACAAUCAGAUCAACCUGUUAUAUGGCGCCAUCACCGAGUUCUGCUCUCCUCAGUCAUGUCCCGAGAUGAAGGCCACGGAUGAGUUUGAGUACUUGUGGCAAGACUCGGAGAACUACAAGCGACCAACGAAGAUGCCAGCGCCGGCCUACAUUGAGCAGCUCAUGACUUGGGUUCAGAGCAAUAUUGACAAUGAGUCUGUGCUUCCCAGCCGUAUCGGCGUUCCAUUCCCCAAGUCUUUCCCAGCUCUUGUGCGCCAAAUCUUCAAGCGCAUGUACCGUGUCUACGCGCACAUCUACUGCCACCAUUACCCAGUCAUCCGAGAGCUCGGCCUGGAACCACACCUGAACACCAGCUUCAAGCAGUACGUCCUCUUCAUUGAUGAGCACAACUUGGCCAGCGGGAAGGACUUUUGGGGUCCUUUGGGGGAUCUGGUGGACAGCAUGUUGCGUAGUGACUAG